AUGGAGGCGCCAACCAAGCCGACGACAUCGUCGCUGUUCGAAGUCUACCUGCGUCUACGACCAUCAUUCGCACCCAAUGCAGAAAGAUUCCUCGACGUCGACGCCGCCGACGACAAAGCAGCACCCACGCACAUCACAAUCCACCCGCCCGCACACGAUCAACGAAGAAAGGCUGUCGAGACUUUCAAGUUCACCCGAGUCUUUGAAGAGGAGGCAACACAACUCGACUUGUUCCAUGGCACCGGUUUGGGCUCGAUGAUGCAGGGUGUGCUGGGCGCCGAGGGUAGAGAGGGCCGUGACGGGCUCUUUGCUACUCUCGGUGUCACUGGCUCCGGCAAGAGUCACACAAUCUUGGGCUCCCGCUCCCAGCGCGGAUUGACACAGCUCGCCCUCGACGUGCUCUACCAGAAUCUCGGCGACCAGCUCAUUUCAACAAGACGCGAUCAACUCGCCCUACAGUCUAUCUUCGCAUCCGACACGUCCGAAGCACACAUGUCAGCCGCCAACCAGUACCUCGAAUCCAUCUACGGCGAUGCUCCGUCAGACACACGCUCACAUUCAAGAGCUCAAUCGAGAGCUGCAACUCCCCUCAUGGUACGAUCAACAUCUCCUUCGAAACAGGCCUUAAGUCAAGCUAAGCCGCAGCCUCAAAAGGACAUGUCCUUCGUUUCCAACCCCCGCCCCUCGUCCGCCAUGGCCCCCAAGCGCCACAUGCCUAGAGUUUCUAGCAUGCCGCAGUUCCCCAUAAUCCAAGAUACCAAUCUCGACGUCGACCAGACCUCCGAAUUCGCCAUCGUCGUCAGUAUGUACGAAGUAUACAACGACCGCAUCUUCGACCUGCUAGCAGGUUCCGCCGCAUACCAACCCUCCAAGACAGCCACAGCCAAACGCAGACAUCUCCUUUACAAGAGCACCGAACAUAGUCCUGACCGCAAAGUAGUUGCUGGACUUAGGAAGGUCGUCUGCGAGAAUCUCGAUGAAGCUCUUCUCGUGCUUGAGACCGGUUUGACAGAACGCAGAGUCGCUGGUACUGGAAGCAAUGCUGUCAGCAGCAGAAGUCACGGCUUCUUCUGUGUCGAAGUCAAGAAGAGACUUGCAGGCGCUGCCACUUCCAACUGGUCGAGCAGUGCUUUGACAAUCGUUGAUCUCGCUGGCUCUGAACGUGCUCGCGCUGCAAAGACUGCUGGCUCAACCCUUGCAGAAGCAGGCAAGAUCAACGAGUCGCUCAUGUAUCUUGGUCAAUGCAUGCAGAUGCAGAGCGACAACGCCGACCCUACAAAGGCAUCCAACAUCGGUAUCAUGAUUGUCACGGCAGAUCCUCUCGGCGACUACAACGCUACCAGUCAAAUUCUUCGUUACUCGGCCCUGGCCAGAGAAGUCACUGUGCCUCGCAUCCCCAGCUAUACCAGCACCAUGGUCCCUCUCGCUCGUCCAGGCACCUCAGCCUCUGGUCGCCUUACCCCUUCCAACCCUGCUGCCAGCGAUGCGGCUCUCGAAAACGCCCUGGCCGAACUCGCCCUACUACGUCAAGAUCUCGAACUCGCACAACUUCGUCUCGAAGAAGAAACACAACGACGCAAGGAAGCAGAGUCUUCAUGGUUGACCGCAGAGAACCGUCUGGAAUCGCUCGAACUUGAACUUCGCGACGAGAUCUGGGAAGAGUUUGAAUCACAACUCGAGUCUGAACGUCGUCGCUACCAUGCCGCUCGUGAGGCUGAACAGGAACAUGUUGACCAGCAUCUGGACAAGAAGUUAGAGAUCUUGACUCGUGGCUUGGGCGAAGUACAGGUCCGCGAAGACAGUGAUGCAGAAGGCGAGGAGAAGAUUGCCGAGUUAGAAGAAGAGAACGCAAGACUGAGGGAGAAGGUUCAAGCUUUCGAACGCGAGAAGGAGAAUCAAAGUCCUGUUCGCAAGAUGAGGGUGCUUAAGCCUAGGAAGUGGGAAGGUAAGGAAGAAUUCGGCGUUGGUCUUUUUGGUGGAAGUCCCUGA